UUGUCUCGCUCAAUUCAUGAGCCAUCAAGGUUACGAAAGGGGAUCGCAGGUUCCAAGGGGGCCAGUUUGUCUCUGCUUUUGGCCAGGGAAAGUGUUCUUACCAAGGGAAACUCUUCAAGGGAUCCGAGAGUGAAAACGACCAAUUGCGGUGGUACAUUAACAAACAAAGAAGAGAAUGUCCACUGGAGGUGUCCAAGUUCUGCCUGCGGGCAAUGACAAGGGAAGGAAAGUGAAAAAGGUGGUCAAAACCACGCGUAAAGGGGGAUCCGGAUCCCAAGAGAUCAUGACGGAGGUGACCACGACCACUACGGCCACAUCCGAAUAUGCCACCCGAGAGAAUGGAUACCAGAACGGAUACGGUGCCAGUACCCAACGUUCCGACCAAUUCAUUGAAGAAAAGAUGUUUUGCCACCAUUGCGAUGAGUCCUUGGCUGGGCACCGAUAUGUCUUACGGGACGACCAUCCCUACUGCAUUAAGUGCUACGAAAACGUAUUUGCCAAUAAUUGCGACGAGUGCGGAAAACUUAUUGGAAUUGAUUCCAAGGAUUUGUCUUACAAGGAGAAGCAUUGGCACGAAUCGUGCUUUGUGUGCUCCAAAUGCCGGACUUCGCUCGUGGACAAACAAUUCGGAUCCAAAGCCGAUCGGAUCUAUUGUGGCCCAUGCUAUGACGCCCAAUUUGCAACCCGAUGCGAUGGAUGUGGCGACGUGUUCAGAGCUGGCAUGAAAAAAAUGGAAUACAAGACGAGGCAAUGGCAUGAGAAAUGCUUCGUGUGCUGCAUGUGCGAUAAUGCCAUUGGAACUAAGUCCUUUAUCCCCAAGGAGCAGGAUAUCUACUGUGCAAAGUGCUAUGAGGACAAAUUCGCUACCAAGUGCACGAAAUGCAAGAAGGUGAUCACCCAAGGAGGCGUGACCUACCGCAAUGAUCCUUGGCACAGAGAGUGCUUCACUUGUACCCAUUGCGAGAAAUCCUUGGCCGGACAAAGAUUCACCUCCCGGGAGGACAAACCCUAUUGUGCGGAUUGCUUUGGAGAGUUGUUCUCCAAGCGGUGCACUGCAUGUGCCAAACCUAUCACAGGGCGUGGUGGCUUGGGAAGCACGAAAUUUGUGGCCUUCGAAACCUUGGCUUGGCACAACGAGUGUUUCUUCUGUGCACGAUGCCAAGUGUCCAUGGUGGGCAAAGGAUUCAUUCAAGAGGGAAGCAACAUCGUUUGUCCGGAGUGUGCCCGCCAAAAAAUGCUGCAGGAUAUGGAGGACGAAGGAGAACAGGAGGAGUAGACGAAAAUGAGCGUUUUCAGGAACCAUUUGGCGGGAACUGCUGUACGAGUUGCUAAUGCAUGAUCACUCCGCGCUUUGUUUCAGACACGGGGAUUCUGUUGUAAAUAAACCACAUGAAGCACUUUUCAA